GCUGAGCCAUUAACGCAGGCUGUCCUCCUUUCUUUGAACGCACCAGUUGCUCGCAGUGAGCUGAGCUCACCGCGUCCAAACGCUCAUUCACACCAGCGGCACAGAAAGAGCAGCAGGAGAAGAAACGACGCACGUCUUAUUAUUUUUUUUAUUUUUAAUUGUCGACCAGGAUACGUUAGUUUGAUCGAUUUCCUCCGGAAUAUCUAGUCCUCGUGCCUUUGAGUGACCGCUGUCCCCCAGAUGAAGCGACCCAGCAGCGUUAUAUAAGGCGGAUAACGGUCCGAGAUGAGAGCGCGUGUCUGACAGCGGAGCGGCAACAGAAGUCCGUCCGGUGCUGUUUGCUCCUGUGUCUAAAAGGCUUAAUUCAUUCAACCGAAGCGCUAACAUCGCACAGGAAGCCGCCUCUGUCGUCAAUGCUGCUCCAUCAACUGCGCUGUCUGAUUUACUGUAAGCUAGGCGGCUAACCUGCCGCAGAAGAGCCGUGUGGAUACAGCAGAAAGAUGAACGCUCACAUUAACUCCUAGAAAUCCUUCCUGGAAUUGGUGGUUAACAUUUCCAAUUUGAGCUUUAAUUACAGCCUCUAAUAAUUUUAUUUUUUCAUGAGAGAGUUCUGAGCGCAGAGAAUGGGCCCAUGUCUCAAUUUGGAAAACAAAGAAUUAGGCGCAUGAAGAGGGGAUAAGCUCGUUAGAUAAGCUCCCUUUAUUGAGCCAACAAGCCCGGUCAGUCUGGACUCCUUCUGCCCCUCUGCUGGAGGCAUCUCUCCCGGCUUUUAUCCGCUCUGUUGUCACACCGACGCACCGAGAUGGGCGGCGAAGCCAGGGGCCCCGGGCCGGUGGAAGUAGAGCCCAUGCCGGGGUACUGGGAGCUCCUCUCUAGAGGCUCCAGCGUCAUGCUGAGCGCAUGGAGAGACUGUGACCGCUGCGGUUUGGAGCUCUCCAAACAAACGCUCCUGGAUAACGCCUACUUCACCUGGACCGAAAUAGCCCUGUUUUUCUUUUGCGCCUUUUUGUGGACGAUCAUCAGGAAGGGAUUGACAGAAAGUCUAUUUAAGCCUCUUGCACAGUGGUGCAGGCUGCUGCCCAAAGAUGCUGCCAAGAUGCCAGAGAGUGCGUGGAAGCUGGUCUUCUACACCAUGUCGUGGUCCUACAGCACCUACCUGCUCUUCUUCUCCUCCUACUCCUUCUUCCAUGACCCACCCUCUGUCUUCUACAACUGGAAGAGUGGUAUGACAGUGCCUACAGACAUCGCCAUAGCCUACCUGAUCCAGGGCAGCUUCUACGGCCAUUCCAUCUACGCCACCGUCAACAUGGACACAUGGAGGAAGGACUCUGCCGUCAUGGUGGUUCAUCACAUCAUCACUCUGGCUCUAAUUAGCUUCUCCUACGCCUUCAGGUACCACAACAUAGGCAUCCUGGUGUUAUUCCUGCACGACAUCAACGAUGUCCUGCUGGAGUUUACCAAGCUUAACGUCUACCUGAAGUCCAGAGGAGGUGGUUAUCAUCUGAUCAAUGAUGUGCUGUCCAACAUGGGCUCCGCCAGCUUCAGCAUCACUUGGUUCUGGUUCCGGCUCUACUGGUUCCCUCUAAAAGUGCUGUAUGCGACGUGUGUAUCCAGCAUCCAGUCUGUCCCCAACAUCCCCUUCUACUUCUUCUUCAAUGCUCUGCUCUUCACCCUGCUGCUCAUGAACAUCUACUGGUUUCUGUUCAUUGUGAUUUUCGUGGUGAAGUUGCUGAAGGUAAAGGAGGUGAACGACGUCAGGGAGUACGAGGACGAUGACGCUAGGAAGGCAGCAGAGGAACUACUGAAAGAUCCCCAGGCAGAAAAUAAUGAUAACGAUGAUGCUGGACAUCAUAACUUAGCUCAGAGAAAGCACGUACAGAACGGGGUUACCAAGGACAAGUAUCUAUAACAGGGCUCUCCACCAGUGCCAUCAUCUGGCUCUGGUCUGCACCCGCAGGCCCUCCUCGGACAGCAGUCGUUCAAAAAAGCGACCGAACGUGGAGAGCAUAACAAACAUGAAACAACAGGAGGAAACAAGAAAAGGGAGGGAAAGUUGGGUACAAUCAGUUUUUGUUUAGUUUUUGUUUUAGAGCAAUUUAUUUUCGGUUUUAUUUUAUUAGAGCACUGUGAAUGUCAUUUCAGCUGACUUUCUGUCUUACUGUUGUCAACUUAAUGUAUGAUAUAGACCUAGUGGAAACGAGGCUUUUUAAGGGAGGAACAGGCUAGACCCGUUCUGAUUUCUUCGAAUAUCCUUUGGGAACCAAGGGAACAAGCAACAGCCGGAUCAUGUUGGGGUUAUUUGUUGAUUCCUUCUCCCCUUCCUUUGACUUCCAUCCAUCUGGUCUGAUUUAAUAUAUGAGGAUUAUCAUUGCUAAUCCUUUAUCUGCUUCCCAGCUUCCUGCAUCCCUUUGUUUAAACUGAGAAGCAAGUGCAUCAUUUGCAUGUUCCAGGAUGUCAAGAGCGUACCUGCAGCUUUUAAAGCAACAGACAUCCUUUACUUCAUAACACUUAUCUCGGUGACUUAAGAUCCACAUAAACUUUGAAUAUUGCUUAGAUUCCUCUAUGGAAAGUGCUGCUUUUCUUUAUUUUUGUCGUUUUGUCUCUUUAGUGGCGUGGUAGCAUCUGUUGCUGCACUGACAUGAAGGCAUACAAGCUUAUUGCUGGUUUUAAUGACAGCAAACAGCUAGAAUUGAUUGACUGGGUCUGCACAUGUUAUCCUAAUUUAAUUUGUUUGAAAGAGAUUUUAAAUCAUGUUUAUUGUCUCCAGGUGGCGAAUGAUGAUGGAAAAGCCAUCAUGAUUAAAAAUCCAAUAUAUGCACUCGCUCUAGUAUUCAGGAAUGCAUGAUGUCAGAAUGAUUUUGAAAACAUGCAAUGUGUUUUUCAAAAAUCUCCUAUCCUUCUGAUCUUAACUUUAGAGCUGAUUGCUACAGCUGAUCCCAGAAUUAGCUGAAAACUGAACGUACAAAUCAGUGUUUUACAUAUUCUCCAAGCGGCACCUAAACGAGUCUUUUAGAUAAAUAUGAUCAAACAUACAUGGUAGGGAAAAUAAGUAUUGUCAGUGUUCUCAGUAAAUGAACUUUUAAUUGUGUUACUGACAAGUAAUUCCCAUUAAUACAAUUUUAUAAAGCACUUUAAAGAGCCAGCACGGGACCUAGAUAAUACACAGUUAAAGGUAUAGUGGAGGUUGUUCUCUUUCUGGGUGGAUCAUCAAAAAAUGUAUCCUCCCAAUUGUCAAUAAUUCUGGUGAUAUGUUUACGUAAGGCCUUCCUACGUGCUCGUAGUGGUGACAUAGGGGAAAAAUAGCAAAUCGUCUUUUGGAAAGUAAGCUUGUAUAAGCGAUGCAAACAGGAACCUUUAAAGAGCGUGCAUGAGGAGAAAUGGGCUCCAGCAUGCUCUCACACACGUUUCGCACUCGGGAGCGGGUACAGGGUUGUGCAUGUGCUUUUUUUUUCAAAGUCAAGAGGUCAAAAAUUCACAAAAAUCCUCCACUAUACCUUUAAACAGCAGAGAUUUAAAAAAAAGUAAUAAAUAACAUUAUUUUAUGGACUGAGCAGUCCUCUGGUCAUUUUGGGUGUGCAAAGCUUGAAUGGCCAAUUUAGAAAACACAAGAAAACAACUGUAUAUAAAAAAAACAACAAAACAAACAGC